AUGGCCAUCCUUAGGUCGCUGGUUCGAAUCCGGCAGGUUGAAUCUUGGAGAAAAGCACUUGUGGAUGCAAGUAAUAUUUCUGGAUGGGAACCCAAGCACAUUGCCAAUGGGGAUGAAUCAAAAGGCAUCAAACAAAUAGUUGUCGAAAUUUCACACAAGUUGCACCUAGUAACUUCAAGUGCAGAUGAAAACCUGAUAGGAAUGGAGGCUCGCUUGCAAGGUUUGAGAUCAGAGUUACAAGUUGGGAUUUGGAAGGCGGAAGAUGUUCUGAGAAUAUGUGCUAUGGAUGCAACAACGGAACUUGACAUGAUUCAAGCAAUAACAUUUAAUUACAACAAGGAUUAUCUAUUACAAGAUCUUCCUCCAAUUGUUGCAAACACGAACCACCUUAGGUGGAUAGAUUGGCACGGUGAUUUUGCAAGUCCAUUGCUUACUAACUUUCCACAAAGGACACUUUGUCAUCUACAUUUGCGGAACAGUUCUCAGAAACAACUUUGGGAGGGUUAUAAGUUGCUGCCAAAUUUGAAGACAAUUGAACUUUGGGAUUUAGAUAACCUAAUCAUGACACCAGAUUUUGAGGGACUUCCAAAUCUUGAAAGAUUCAUUCUUUAUGGAUCUAGACUAAAGAAACUCGAGACCCUUUCAUUCAUUGGAUGCCCUAAACUUUUUAAACUCUCAACAAUCCAACAACAGAACAUGGAGAAGUUACCACAUUUUCUUUUGGAUAAUAGUGGGGACGAAGUUGCAUCCUAUGUAGAAUCUAUUCCAAACUUUUUUGUUAAUUGUUGGAGGUGUGGUUGCAGCAAUCUUGGUGGUGUAGAAUGUUGUUUAGAGGACCCUUCUUUAUCUCACAACAACAUGAAGCCUUGUUUACGUGACAAUAAUAUGAACCACAUAGGGUUUCGUUCUUUUCCCAAGGACUUAAGAAAGUUAGAUCUCAGCUACUGUGAUAUGGGAGAUGAACACAUCAGCUCUUCUGUUUGGGAGUUACACAACCUGAAGACACUCAAUCUACUAGGAAAUGCUUUUUCACGAUUAAAUUUUCAUCUCUUGCGGUUUCCUCAGCUUAAAUGUCUCAAUGUGUCACAAUGCAAAGGCCUUGUGGAAUUGUCUGAGCUGCCAUCAAGUAUAGCUGUUGUUGUAGCAGAUGGUUGUAGCUCACUUGAGACCUUUGGAGAUAUUUCAAACUGUAAAUGGUUGUGGAAAGUCUUGGUUCUGGAGUCGAACAAACUCAGUCCACUUUAUGGUGACAUAUUACUAGACUCCAUGCUCCAGGGAAAUGCUAGUGAAGAUUACUUUAUCAGUAUCAUUCUUCAACAUCAGAUUCCAAACAGGUUUGUAGGUUGGCUGUUUAGGGGAAAUAAAUUUACACUCCAUCUUCCAAAAGAUUGGUACGAUGAAUUUUGCGGGUUCCUAAUAUGCUUUGUUGACACAUUGACCUAUCCGGAUAUUAAUAUCGUCAUCAAGCAGGAGGUAGAUGAUGAUAUUCUAUUUGAGAUUUGGAAGGAGUCUACGGAAAUAGUGGAGCCUGUAUAUGGUGAUCAAACAAAAACAUACGUAGGAUAUGUGCCCUUUGGUUCAUUGAGGCACACUACAUUGUCGAAUUUAUCAUACAAUAUGAUUUCAGUUUCCAUGGAGGCAGGGCAUGUUAAUGAGACUUGUGUUGGAGUUGAGCUUGUUCCUAGGAAAAGUAAAGGUGAUCGGCCACAAACAACAAAAGUUGCAACAAAUUCCUCAGAAUUUUGGGACGAAGAAGAUUAUGGUAGUAAGACAUUUACGAUCCAGCAAGAUGAUCCAAAGUCUUCUAUACAUAUUAUAUGGCGACCUUUGAACGGCAUUAUGACAACGUCGUAUUGAUUUGCUUACUGGUUUGUGAUUUUCUUUGUAUUUGUUUAUUCGACUACUUUAUGAAUUCUUACCUUGUUUAUCCUGUGCAUCUAAUUUUAUGGUUUUUUGGG